GGCCACCUCGUGUGGUCAUUCGAAAGCUGCCAUAACGAAUAAUGUUGAAAGUUUAUUGGAAUGCACCGUGUGUCUGGAAACAAUGAAUGACCCUCGUACAUUGCCAUGUUUCCAUUCCUUUUGCAAGGUUUGUUUAGAGAGAAUUGUUGAAAAUACGCGCGAGAAAGCAAAGUCUGCGAAGAUCGAGGAUUUUAAUUGCCCUUCAUGCAGGGCUGUGUUUAAUUUGAAACCAAAUCAAGAAGUAGCAGAGUUAUCCUGCAGUCAUGUUGUUCGAAAUAUGCUUGAAGCUGUUAAACUACAACGCCAAGCGAAGCAUGCCAAUUGCUCGAAGUGCAAUAAACAGGAAGCAAGCUCUCGUUGUUUGACUUGCGAGCUUUUCUUGUGCGACGAAUGUCUGGCGGAACAUAAUUCGAUAGCAAAAAAUUGGCCAGGGUUUAGGAAAAUCUCCUGCUCUGUGUUGACCAUAGAAGAGUUAGCAAAGCCCGAAAACCAGUCGAAAAUCAAAGGUAACGGCGCGUCUUAUUGUGAGAAGCACCAAGGUAAAAAGCUGAAGUUCUAUUGCGAGACUUGUAAAGAAAUAAUCUGCAGAUAUUGUAUGGAUUUUAUUCAUACACGCCAAGAUCAUAAAUGCGAACCAAUUGAGCAUGUCGUAGAGAAGAGAAAAGAGUCUCUAAUGCGUUCUAUAAACGCAUUUGAAAAGAAAUUAGUGUCUGGCAAUGAAGCUCUUCUAGCCAUAUGUGAUGUGGAAGCAAAAUUUCAAAGCAAUGCAGAAGAGGUUAAAAAGUUUGUCAAUGAGGAAAAGGAAAGUGUGAAAGAUAUGCUACUGCAAUGUUUGGCAGAGAAUGCAAGGAAGAAACAUGAUGAAAUAAAUGAAUUGUAUGAGAAGAACCAAAACGCUAUUGUUCAACAGAAGAAUGAGAUUGAAUCAUUUGUGAGUGAUCUUAAUACAUCCUAUUAUGUUGCAAAAAAAGUUGCAAAGGCUGGCACAGCAGUGGAACUUAUUGAGUCAGCAGGAAUGGCUGAAGAGAAAUUGAGGAGUAUUGAAAGAAAGGAGAAAACAAAGCUGACCAAAGCAAUAAAUUAUGGGGAUAUUGUCAUGGAAUAUGAAAAAAUCAGGGAAGAUGAUGUAAAAAAGCUACAAAAGUUGCUGAAAUUGGGCAAUGUCAAAGUUAUAUCCCCUGAAAAGCAAGAAAAAUAUCGCAAAAUAAAGGCAGUAGGUGAACCAAUCGUUCAUCGGGAAUCUGGACAGGCGCAGGGUUCCUGGAUGAGAGAUCCUUUAGGACUGCUUGGUCCAGAAAAAAUAUGGUACAUGGAAGGAUAUGAAGGAAGCACAGUGCUGGAAUUUGAAAACAUGGAUAACUUUAAGGCUGGAUGGGUUGCCAAAACCUACGACCUACCAAUACAAUAUGGCUUUGAUGGCACAGGGUCUGUUGUCUAUGGGCGGUAUCUUUAUUAUAAUAGGAGCCAAACUGGGAUGAUCGUGCAGUACGAUUUGGUUCACGAGAAAGUGAUCAGAGAAACAACUCCUUACAAAAAUAUAGACCCACGACUGUAUCCAUACCAAUGGGGGGGCUACAGCGGAAUGGAUUUAUCGAUUGACGAGAACGGUUUGUGGGCUCUUUAUGCACUUCCCGAAUACAAUGGGAGGUUAUGUGCCAGCCAACUCGAUCCUUCCACACUUGGCGUUUUGAAUACUUUCUGUAACGUUUCACCCAAACCCAUAAAGAACAUGGGAAACGCAUUCGUGGCCUGUGGAGUUGUUUACAGUAUUGAUGACUACAACGCAAGCCAAACAACUAUUAACUACGCCUAUAACACAACCAGCAAAACUGCGACCAGCCUAGCCAUUCCGUUUGUUAAUAAGUUUGGUUACAACAGCAUGGUUACUUACAAUCCACGCGAGAAAGUUCUUUACUCGUGGGACUCAGGGCACCAAAUAACUUAUCCACUGGAAUUUGAAGAUUGACCCUUUAUCGUACAUUAUGUUGGGUAAAUUGCCAUCCCGCAAAUGUACCUAACAGUAAUUACAUAAUGUUAUCUGCUUGGCUCAUUUUAGAUUAUCUUUUUAGAUUUUCUUUAGAUUAUAACAAGGUUUCAGACUCGAUAAUGUUGCGUGCAAAUAAGAUGUGUAAUGUGACACUUGAAUUGUUAAAUGUAGGUUUGCUUCAGAGACACCACCGGUACAAUUGAGAGAGAAGAUGCAGUGGUAGUGUUUCAGAUAAGUGGUGGUAUUACAUUGGCUCCAUGACUUAUCUUGUUAAAAUUCCAUAAUCAAGUUCGGGUCAGGCGUUCAGCUCAGACUUGUAUUUGUAUUAAUAAUGUUUUAUAUGUUUGACGCCAGCUGCUCAUAACGUUUCUACUUAGACCAUAAAGCCUGACUCUCAAAUGUCACCGAUGGUCGGAGAUGGCUAUUGUCGGUGAUUACUGGAGAAUAAAGUACUUUUUAAUUUUGUAUAAAUUUUCUUCGUCAACCACCACAAACAUUACAUCGCCGACCGUCGGUGACAUAUGAGAAUCAGGCUUAAAGCCUGGUUUCAUAUAUCGUAAUUCAUCGGCGACAGCUAUUGUCGGUGGUCAUUUAUGCAUAAAAUCCUUUGUCUAUCCAAGAAAAUUAUUUACUUCGUUGAUCAGCGACAAUAGAUCGUAGAACAUCGCCGAUGAAUUACGACAUAUGAAGACCAAGCUUAAUCAGUUUGGCAACCGUAUUCGUGCCCUGUGCAGUUGUCUAAUUGUUUACUGUAGAAAAAACAAAACAGCUAUUACAUACGCCUUUGCCAACACAGUCCCUAUAAAUCUGUGACAGAAGCGAAACAGAACAUGUAUUAACUACG